AUCUGACAGCUUAAUGAAAAGUGAAACCACACAUUUAAUAUUUAUAACAUUUUGAAUUCCUUUGAAUUUUGGAAAAAAAUAACAUUCUAAUAAACUGAAUGCUGUAUUUUAAUUUUAUAGAAUUUAUUUUAAUCUUUUUUUAACACGUAGUUGGAGUGUGUACAGUGACUGUUGUACGUCCUUCAGAGGGAGACUUCACUCUAGCACUUCCUCCUUCCCCGUCUUAGUUUAACAGCAUUGUGACGACCACGGCUGAAAAAAACCCUUCCUGAUGACGUCACAUUGGUGCAGAGCGUGACUUGGUCCAACAUUCAUCUGUGAGAAUUUCUAAUGUCUUACAGAGUGUGUGAUGUCGAGGUAGGAACUAAGGCUUCAUUUCUGUUGUGCUUGUUCCUUCACACUGGAAGCCUAAAACCCAGAUCUCGGUGUUGGUGACACCUGCAGUUCACAGGAUGCAUUGCCUGUGGUGAGGCCCCCUAAGCAUGUGUUGGAAUUAAGUGUUCUUUAUAAAAAAAAGAACCUUUGUGAUGGAGGUGAACGGCACCAGACUCCAGCCAGGAAGGAGGGGCUCAGACUGGGGUCCCAUCACUCUGCUGAGCAAGACCAAAGAGUUCUUCCAGACCUGUGACGUGGAGGGGAAAGGCUUCAUCACUCGCACUGAUAUGAGGAGGCUCCACAGAGAACUCCCUCUGUCUGCAGAGGAGCUGGAGGACGUCUUUGACUCCCUGGACACGGAGCACAAAGGUUACCUCACCCUGGAGGCCUUCUCCUCUGGAUUCAGUCAGUUUCUCCAUGGUCGAAGGAUCACCGUGGCAGGUGACCACAGUCAGACCAACAGUCCUACGCUCAGGGCAAAGGAGGUUCUGUACCAGAGUCAGUGGGAGGCCAAACUGUCCACAGCAGAAGACGAUGAAGAGAAGCACUUCUGUAUGCUGCUGGAAAGUCUGGACGCCAGUAACGUUUUUGAGGAUCCAGGCGAGGUGCGCAGUCUCUGGGCCCAGCUCAGACGGGAUGAGCCCGACCUGCUGUUCAACUUUGAAGAGUUCCUGGCCAGGGUCACCCACCAGAUCAAAGAAGCCCACCAGGAGAAGAAGGAGAUGGAGAGCGCCCUCCAGAGGAAAACGGCAACACAUGACAGUGAGAUCCGUCACCUGUACGAGGAGAUGGAGGCUCAGAUCAAAACUGAGAAGGACAGGCUUCUGGUCAAGGAUGCUGAGCGUCUCCAGCUGCACAGCCACGACCUGGAACAUCAGCUGAUUUCAAAGGAGAAAGAGCUGGAGCACCUUUUCCAGAAGCAGAGAAGAUUGGAGCUGCAGUGCCGAGAGCUGAACAGCGAGAAGCAGGAGAGCCACGUGGAGAACGUCAAGCUGAAGAUGACCAACGAGGAGCUGUGCCGCGCUCUGGAGAGCACCAGUCAGGAGCUGGCUCUGGCUCAGGAUCAGCUGAGCAUGCUGCAGGAGCAGGCGGCCAGACUGCAGCAGGAGAAGGAGAUGGAAAUGUACAGAGUCACUGAAGGUCUGCAGAGAGAGAAGCAAAGUCUCAUGAAGCAGCUUGACCUGCUAAGAGAAAUGAACAAACAUCUGAAGGACGAGCGUGACUUGUCCCGUGGUGUACCUCGAUCUUCACUGAGAAAGAAGCAGAAGCAGAGAGCAGGACUGGCCAACCUGUUUGAUGAACCUGCUCAGCAGCCGAAAAGAUCCCCACUGUUGGUGGAUGGGUCCUACCAGUCUCUGGAGGCCCUGCCUAUAGAACAUCUACAAAUCGUGUUUGUUGCUUCCUCCUCCUCUAGUGAGGACGAUUCCAAAACCAGCAGCAGCACCACCACCGUCACUACCUCCUCUACAACCUCCUCCACCACCGCUGGUGCCCCUGUAGGUCAGCAACGCUCUGCAGCAAAAAAGAACUCGACCUUAGCCAACGGUUACACCAGCGCUGCUCUCUCCAAAGUGCAGGACGUGAAGGCCAAAGCCAGAAAAUCCGUCAGCAGGAUCGCCGUCCCCAGGAGGAUGCUGAGAAAGGACAGAGAGAGUGGGAAGAAAAUGGAGGUGGAGAAGAAGAUGGGAGUAGAGGAGGAGGUGCUAGACGCUCCCCCGGAAGGGUGGCCCCUCCGCCGGGUCAUCUCCAUUGAGGAGGAUCACCUCCCGCACUUGCUCCAAGGUGGAUCGCAACCCUUACUGCACCAGCUGAGCGAGGAGGAUGAGGAAGAAGAGGAGGGGGAGGAGGAGGAGGCCGAAGAAGCUUCACCACAGACCGACGUUGAAUCAAGUGUCGCUCUUCCCUCGGAGGUUUCAUCAACACCAACCUCUGGUCACCUUCAGGUGUCGAACGAACCUGCAAAGAAGUCGUAUCUCCCACAAAUAAAGAAGACGCCUUUGUCUCCAAGAGGACAGCCUGUUGGGAAGGAGACGCAACAAGCCAAAGAGUUGGGAGUUUUUAUCCCAGAUCGUUUGUUCAAAGUGGUCCUGGUUGGAAACUCCAGUGUGGGGAAGACGUCGCUGCUCCGCUCCUUCUGUGAAGGCCGCUUCCACACGUCCACCACUGCUACUGUGGGUGUGGACUACAGCGUGAAGACAUUAACCCUGGACAACAUGAAGGUAGCGAUGCAGCUGUGGGACACAGCAGGUCAAGAGAGGUUCCGCAGCAUAACCAAGCAGUUCUUUCGCAGAGCAGACGGUGUGGUGUUGAUGUAUGACGUCACAGUGGAGGAGAGCUACAGGGCUGUGAGACCCUGGUUGGUCCAUGUCCAGGAGGCUGCAGAAGAAGGCAUCCCCGUCCUGCUUCUGGGUAAUAAGAUGGACAUGGAGGGAGACAGACAGGUGUCGUUUAAGGAAGCUGAACAGUUGGCGUAUGAAAACAAAGUGAUGUUCUUCGAGGUCAGCGCCUACACAGGCACGAACGUGAGCGAGUCCCUGACACACCUGGCCAGGGUGUUAAUGGAACAGGAGGACAGAGUGAGAGACACCACCGUCAUCCUCAGUGCUCAGCCUGUGAAGAAGAAAACCUGCUGCAAGUAAAGAUGCAUCAUCUAACAGCGAGGAGCUAACGCUAAAGACAACGCCUCCUACUGGUGACUUUUGGACUUUUCACUGAAGGCGUUGUUGAAGUCGGUGUUUGGACACAGGUGACGCCUACACGGUUUGGGAGGGUGUAAAAAAAACUGCCCCUAAAAACAGAAUAACAAUGAGUUUACUGUAGUUUUUGCCAAAUCACUGUAGUUUUGUCAAAUAUGAGAAAAAAAACAAUUUUAUGGUAUUAAUAUUUCAA